UAUACAUACUGCUGUAGUUAAGGGCGCAUGCGUUACUGUGUUAUCAAAAUAGAAUGAUGCCGAAUAUCAACAAUCAGCAGAAGUUUAUACAUAUUUGAUUUGAGAAUGAUGAAAACAAUACGAAAACAAAGAAGAGAUUUCUCUAGUAUUUUGAUGAAAAAUUACACAGGAAUCAUACUGGAAGUAUACGAAAUCAUUCUUAGUGUUAAAGAUAGCAAAUAACCUUGAUGAAAUAGAAAGUUAUAGUGUAUUUUGCAAACAAUAGAUUAUAGUAUUCCUGUAAUAGAAUCUAAAUUAGAUCCUAGCAACAUGGAGGAAAAUUUAUUGUGGACUAAUCCUGAAUUUAUACCAGCCGAUAGUUUUGUGGCCCCUGAUGGUACAGUAAUAAAUGCAGAAGAAUUUGAUCAACAGUUUGCAGGAGCUGAGUUCAGAGAAACAAGAACUGAGCUGACAGAUGGAUCAGGAAAUGGUUUUGGAGUUUCAACUGUAAAUUUUGAUACAAUCGAAGAAAUCGUCUGGACUGGAAAUGAAGGUGGUCAUGUAACAUCUUACUAUGGGCCAAUAUUACAAAAGUACACUUCAUUCCAAGUCUGCUCAAAGCAAGAAGUCAGACAAAUUCGUUCUCUGGACAAUGGUAUCUUUACAUUGACUCCAAAUUCAUUGAGAUUCCAAAAUCGUAAAGGCUUGCAUAUUUAUACUCAUACAUCAGAAAACAUGAUUGAGAUGCAAUGUUUGCUGUCACAUACACCAACAAGUAUACUGAUGGGUGGACACCAAGAGAGAUUGAUAGACUUUGAUUUAAAUACCAGCAAGGAAAAGCGUUUGAUUGAUGUUGGUGAAAAUGGUUGUGCUAUGCUAAGACAACAUAGCAGAUACAUUUGUGCAGGAAAUGCAUUCGGAAAAAUAGAAUUCAAGGAUCCUGUGUCUCUGAAAACAGAACAUUCUUUGGAAACACAUAAUGGCUCAUUGAGUGACUUUGAUGUUCAAGGAAAUUAUAUGAUAACAUGUGGAUUCAGCAACAGCAGACAAGGUCUUACAGUUGACAGAUUUCUUAUGGUUUAUGAUUUGAGACAAAUGAAAGCAAUAAAUCCACUACAAACUGUGGCAUAUCCUUUCUUACUUAAAUUCUUGCCAAGCUAUUCAGCUAGAGUUGUUGUGGUUUCACCACUAGGACAAAUGCAAGUUCUGGAUACAAUUUAUGCCAAUGUUCAGUCAUCACUGAACCUAUACCAAGUAGCAACUGGUGGAGCAAUGAUAUCGUCAUUGGAUAUUUCCACAACAUCGCAAUGCCUCUGUUUUGGAGAUUCUGUAGGCUCCAUUCAUCUUAUGUCAUCAAAUGUAGCAGAACCACAGUUCAAUACAUUCUCAAGACCUACAGAAUUCUUUGAAAUUUCUGAAAUGAUUCAAUCUAUUGAUAUUGAUGAUGUUCAGGCACCUCUCAGUAUUAUACCAAUGACUUACAACGUAAAUUCUUUAUUGAGUGAAUGGCCAGAAGAAUUAACGAAGAAGGUACAUCAUAAAACACCUGUCAUAGAUGAAGAGAUUAUCAAUACCAUGAAAAUGCAGGGAUCUAUUGGCUAUGCUCCAAAUCCUAAGCCACAUCACAGGAAGAAACAAAUACUUUCUCCAUAAGAAUGCCAGUAUUAAAGACCAUUACAAAUUUAUUGCAUUGUAAAGAGUGUAUUCAUACAUUUUUAUAUAUACCAAUAAGUUUAUUUCUAUGCACAUAUUCUUAAUUAACAUAAGGGAAUCAUUUUUUUAUUGAAAUUUCUUGAUGAAUACUAAUGAACUAUUCAUUAUAUUAUCACUGUGUGAUUCAAAUGCUAUUUUUGAAUUUCAAUAAAUAAUUAAAAUAAUUUUCCCUCACACUAAUUUAGAUAUAUCGGUUUAAAAAAAAGUCCUUCAGUAUUUUGUACUUUUCCCAUUGAAAUGUGAUUGAUUGUUUCGAUCCUGCAUCUAGCGAUCUUUCGACUUAAUUGCUAUACUAAGGACUAUCACCCUGAUAAAAAAUCGAAGUUCAGAAAGCCUCGUUUGACACUCGGAAAUUUUUGAAAAAAACUGCUAAGG